GCAGCGCCCGGCACUCUCUGCUCCUGCGUUCCCCAGGACGGGAACGCAACCGCCGCGCCCACUCCUCCGGCUGCCGAUUAGCUGACAGCCGGCGCUGAUAGGGCGCAGCCCGCCCCGGCCUCUCCGCCUCGGUAAGCGCUGGCAGCUGGCGCGGCUGCUACAUACGGCGGGUCCAGGCCGGCAGCCGCCUCGCUUCCCUGCCAUGGCUGGCCCCGGUCCCGGCCCCAGCCCGCCCGGGCGCGUUCUCGCUCGCCGCCGCACCACAAGCUUGUCCCUCCGCGCUCGCCGUCGUGCCGCAGCCAAUCAGCAGGCGCGCCGCGGGUCGGGCGGGAGCCGGCGCGCAGCGUGGGCGGCCAUGGAGGAUGUGUGCGCCAAGUUCGUGUCGCAGAAGAUCAGCAAGACGCGCUGGCGGCCCCUGCCCGCCGCCGCGCUCCAGCCCCCCGACCUCUUCGCCACCGGCUCCUGGGACAACGAGGUAGAUAACAGGAUCUCCCUUUGGUCUGUUGGAGACCUUGGAAAUGUGGGCCUCAAUGGUGAAUAUCAAGGAGAACCUCAGCUGCUGUGUGACAUCAGGCACAAUGGUGAUGUUAUGGACAUGCAGUUUUUGGAUCAAGAGAGAAUUGUGGUUGCCUCAUCAACAGGAACUGUAACUAUAUUCCGUCAUCACCAAAAUAACCAGACUUUAUCUGCCAACCAGCGGUGGGAGAAAGCCCAUUAUCAUGUGGAUCAAGACACGUCUUGUGGUGGAGCAGCAUGUACCGGGGUCAUCUGCAACAACCCAGAAAUUGUCACUGUUGGAGAAGAUGGUAGAAUAAAUCUCUUCAGAGCUGACCAAAAGGAUGCAGUGAGAUCUAUAGACAAUGCAGACAGCAGUACACUCCAUGCAGUGACUUUCCUUCGCACAAAUGAGAUCUUGACAGUAAAUUCAAUUGGUCAGUUAAAAAUAUGGGAUCUCAGACAGCAAAGAAAUGAGCCAUCUCAAAUAUUUUCUUUGACAGGUGACAGAGUUCCUCUGCACUGUGUGGACAGGCAUCCCAAUCAGCAGCACAUUGUGGCCACGGGGGGCCAGGAUGGGAUGCUGAGUAUAUGGGACAUCAGGCAGGGUACUAUGCCAGUGUCCCUGCUAAAUGCUCAUGAGGCAGAAAUGUGGGAAGUUCACUUCCAUCCUUCCAAGCCUGAUCACUUAUUUACGUGUUCUGAAGAUGGGUCUCUUUGGCACUGGGAUACUUCCACAGAUGUAUCUGAAAAACCAUCUUUUCUUCAUCAAGGAGGAAGAAGUAGUACGUAUUUUUCCCACAAUGCCAUUAAUCAGUCUGUAGUAAGUGCCUGGCUAAGCAACGAUCCUACCAAAGACCGCAUGGAAAUCACCAACUUAAUUCCAAAUCAGACUUUGUCCGUGAACAGUUUAGAUGUUUUAGGACCAUGCCUAGUAUAUGGUACCGAUGCAGAGGCUAUUUACGUGAACAGACAACUCUUCGCGUGAAAUGACUCCAGUGUCCCUCUGAAGUACUGAUCACCUUGAACUACUGGGAAAUGUCAGGUUCAUUCUUAAUGAUGCUCACUAGUCUGUUGUCAGCAUGUGGGGCAGAGGCCUCCAGCUUGGUUCUGGCACUGCAGAAGAAUUGUAAGGUACCUCAAAUUCUGAAAGCUGUAAGAUGCUCCAGGAUGGGUCACUUAUUUCUUCCCCGGUGCCUGUUUGGUUUCGGUAAGCAGGUCGCUAGCGCAAGAUAUUUGCUGCAAACUGAUGCCCAUAAUACACACGUGCAUACAAAAUGAAGAGAAGGUAAACCCCUGAUUAUUCCCGCCCUGGUGAAGAUAUUUUUCAAGGAUUAAUUCUAAGGCCAAACUAUGGGGUUCUUUGAAAUUCUUUUUAUGUCACCUGAGAGAGGGUUUUUUUAAUCUGAGUUUUAUUUAGUUUUUAUUUAGGGGACCUAACUUUUUAUGUUAGCUCAUGAGAACUGGAAAGGAAAGCUGUUGAAGCUGUGAAAUGUGAAAGGUUCUAUAGGAACCUUAGCAUUUUGGUAACAUUAUUUUGGAUUAUCUACAGCUUCAUCAUGGAUGCUGAAUGUUAAAACGCGAUAAUGUGCUGGUAACUCUCAUCAGCUUUUUCUUUUUAUAGUUGAGGUCCGAAUUGACAGAUGUGUUGGCUGUGUUUUCAGAUGUGAGAACAAGACUCUUUCUAAACUGGAGACAUAGUCUUUGUCACAAUCAAAAUUUCACAUCUGGUCUGUUGCAAACUUUGAAAAGUUAAAUCUUAUGAUUGGUGUUGUACCUACUGUUUUUUGCAGAGAACCCUUUCUCUUUUUAAUAAAAAGCUUUGCACAGGAA